AUGACUAAGAGCAAUUGUCGUAAUUGUAUAAUUUAUAAAUUUCCAUUUGAUUACAUUCGACCAUUUGCUCCUCAUAUUGAUACAUUAAGCAAUUUUGCAUGGAAAUCAAUUGUUAUUCAGGAUGCUUUAAAACGUCAUGGAUCAGUUAUUUAUGGUGAUGCUAGUAUUCGAUAUAAAACAAAUAAAUUUAAAAGUUUACUAUUAGAUAAUUUAUUACGUGGAGUUUCCAUUCGUGAAUCAAGAAUAAUUUAUUUACCAUGUCAAACAUCUGUGAGUACAUUUUCAUGGUUCAACGAAUCAUAUUCGACAGUCAGUAAUGUUUACAUGUCAGAUGCAGAUUUUGUUAUGGUCACUGAUAAUUUUCUAUCAAGAUUGAUAAUGAAAGCGUGGGUGACGUGUGCACUUAACAGCGAAUGUAUAGCACCACAGACUAGGAUAACAAAAUGUGAUGAUUCUUUUGUUGCUCAACAGAAUAUUCAUCGGCAUGAUCAAAGUGCACUAACACUAAUUUUAACAUAUUUCUUUUAUCAAUCGAACCGAAAUAUAACUCGCCAAGAACGCAGAUUUUCAAAAGAAACAAAUUCUACGUUGAACAUGACAAUAAAUGAAAAUUAUCCAGCACCGUACGACAUGCAAGUUUCUUAUCGCAAAGAAAUUGCUACAACAGAUCGAGAAGAUGUGGAAACAUCGUAUUUUACGAAAAAACGGAAGAAACGUAGAUCAAAAUAG